AUGCCUUCCAAGUAUCCACGCUUCCACCGCUAUGUGAACAGAGUUUAUAUUGGACUUGUACUUAUACUGGCUGUCGCGCUGCCUCUAUGCCACUUGUUUACCGAUGAACUUUCAAUAUCCGGGAUAAUAAUAAUAUUCAUCGCACUAUUAGUGUCAUAUGCAAUAUACUGGUUAACUGUACGGACUAACUGCUAUGGCGAAAGAACAGACCAACCGACAACACCAGAGAUGGCUAUUGCACCUACCGCGCAACCACAAAACGAUUCUUCGGCUCAAUCUGCACAUUCUCGAGGCUCAUCUAAUUCGCACAUAUCAACAAACCCACCAUAUACUACAUUCGCCAACUAUCGUUUAGGUGGUAUGCGUGAUAGGCUUCGGCGAUGGGCAUCUAAUAAUGGUGCUAGACCUGAAGAUGAAGAAGCAGAAACAACAGCAACCGAGGAAGUGGCAAAUCCUCCUCCCACAUAUAGUGUGGCAUUAGAAGGUGCGGGUUUGCCACCGCCAUACACUACAGGGAGCGAUACAAGCGAGUCAGUUGCAAUAGUAGUGGAUGAUGGUAGCAACAAUAAUACAUCACGGAGAACUGCAUCGGUGUCGUCAACAUCAUCUUCUCGUUCACCGACGAGUUGGUUCUUUGGAUUUACAUCAUCUAAAUCUGCAUCUUCGCCAUCGUCUCAACGCAAUUCUCCGACCAAUCUACUAGCACCUCCUCCAGCGUUCACAUCAUGUUCGACACCUGUACCUCAAGCGACAUCUACGCAACCAUCCACUCAAAGUUCUCAAUCUAAUCCGCCAUCUGAUCGCAUACCUUCACCUCACCGAGCGCCUCCUGCACCGCCACAAUCACCGAACAAUCAAUCUCCGUCAUGA